UAAACAUUGUUUUUUGGCAAAUGAAGUAAAGAGUAAAUAAAAGCAAUACAAUGGAUCGCAGUGGAAACAGAGAUCGCUCGCCAGGCAGAAGAAGUCGAAUGGAACCACAUACGAGUAUAAUAAAGGAGAAAAGAACAGAAAGGAGUAAUAUGCUGACCUACAAGAAACUGCAGAAAAUGCCACUAAAUUUGCGGAAAAUGGCCGUUCGAGAGGCUCGCAAUAGAAACGAGCCCAUUCUAGGAAAGAAAAAGAAGCGGAGGAAGAAUCCCCGGGAUGUAAAGACUCCCCGCCGCCUGCGGAACGACUUCGAUCGAUCCGAGCACAACGCCAUGUUGGCCAGCACGUCCCAGGAACUACGGCGCAUCCUGCAGGAUGUUGAGGCUCUUUCCGACAUUCCGCACGAUAUAACAAACACUGAACUGCGGGGGGAGAUAGCCAUCGCCGAGGGACGGGCCACAACGAUCUAUGUGCAGCGGGAUGGACUCAGCACCCUCACAGUGGUGCUCCACCAGCACGAGCCGACGAUCGCUCAGCUGAAGAGGGCAAUUGCUUUGAUCUCACGGGCCCAGCACAAGCGCAGGCAGCGCGAGCGGUGCGAAGAGCGUCUUCGGCGUCGGGGAAUCGCCGACGACUCCGACGAACGACGGCAACCAGUUGCGGUGGCCAGCUCCACCGGCGAGUUAGUUCACUCCGCUCAGCGCAACGGGCAUGAUCAUCGCGCGUUCGUCUCGUGGCGGUUUCUAUGGCGCUGUUUUGGGCUGCUCAACGUGGACACGAAUCAGCCGAUCGACGACCAACGCUCCAGCGGCAGGGCUACUUUAGAGGAGCUGGGCAUUGAGAACGCAGCCACCCUUAAGUUCGUCCAUCGCGUCAAGUAUUUCGGGCGCCAGCGUCAGAGUUAG